AUGUCUUCCCCUAUCAAACUCGACGCCAAGCUCUCUGAGCUGAAGGCGGCCGACGUUCGGUUGCUCAUCUAUGGUACCCUGUGCAACGAUGGCAAGAUUGACUUCGAGAAGCUCGCCACUCUCGCUGGUAUGAAGAAGACUUCUGCUCAUACCAACUACUGGCGUGCCAAGAAACACCUUGAGCAGAUCCUGAACGCAAACCCCGUGUCUCCCACCCAAAUUGCCCGUCCCCAGCCUGAGGGUGGUGACGCCGAUUCACCUAAGGCAGUCCGUUCUGGCAAGCGUGGUGCGGCCAAAGAUGGAUCGAUCAAGAAGACUGAGCCUGCCAAGCGCCGUAAGACUGACACCAAGACUGUCUCCGAGCUGGUUGAGUCCACUCAGACUGAAGACACCGCUGAGACUACCCCUGCCGACACCACUGAUCAGGCUGAGUAG